AGCAAAGCUCGUCCGUGUCUCGCGACGCCCCUUGCUGGCCUGCCAUUGACAGAGUACGAGGCAGAGGUACAGAGUUCGGAGGUGCCUGCCACUUUUGCCUUUCUCGCUGCAGCUGAAGCUGAGGCUAGGCAGCAUCCAGGCCGAUUAGUUGGUUCAGGGACGCCGGGGUGGAGAACCGCCCGGCUACGGAGCAGCCCAUCUUGAUCAGCUCACCCAGCCCUACGCCGGAUCGCUUUUCUCGCCAAUGAUACCAGGACACCACUAACACAGAUAUCGACACCCACGCGCAGGUACCGUUACGUCAGACCCCCGAGGCCCGGGUCCGGGACAGGCUCCGGGACAGGCUCCGGCCCUUCGGCGGACGUGGAGCAUGGUUGGCCGGCCCGUUGUUAGCUGCCGUCCAAAUACUAGUAUCACCACUAUUCUUUAUGGACAUCGGAUCCGCUAGACGGGGCAAGUCGAGUCCCAUAGCAGGAGACUCGGUCGACAGUGGCAGCCCCAUCGCCAUUGAAGCCGUCAAGCCUGAAUCUUCGGCCACCGCAUCACCUUUAGCAUCCGCAACAGCGGCGAAUCUCAAUGGCACAGCGGCGGCUGGGGCUUCUGGGGCCUCCGAGCCCAUGGAAACCACGGAAACAGACGAGGUAGAGACUGUGUCCAAGAAGAGGAAAACCGGCACGGGAAGCAGAGGUGUUGCAAACUUGACGCCAGAACAAUUGGCUAAGAAAAGGGCAAACGACCGUGAAGCUCAACGGGCCAUCCGAGAACGGACUAGGAAUCAGAUUGAGCGGCUCGAGAAGCGCAUCCAGGAGCUUGAGAACCAGAAACCCUACCAGGAUCUCCAAGUCGUGGUGCAUGCCAAAGAGGCGGUAGAGGCCGAAAAUGCCGAAAUCAAGAGGCGGCUCGCCACCAUCAUCAGCAUGCUGCAGCCCAUAGUUGGUACAAGCAUUGCUGGUGUACCAUCCGCGCUUCCAUUCGCUGCAGCACCUCCAGCCGUGCCGGCCACGAGCACCGUCCCUUAUCAUCCCGCAUCUCCAGCAGGGGGAGCUCCCGAUCCACAGCACCAAGCAGCUCAACCGCCUGCACAGACCUGGUCAAGUGCUGGUAGCAGCUCGUCUCCACCGCCUCGUCGAGUUGGCCUGGCUGGGCCGACUGACGAGGGCACACGGAUUCUAUUAGAGCAGCAAGGCCACUCCCUUCGACACGGUUUGGAUUUUGGAUCCGGCCGAUUUGAUCUCAACGUUGUGCUUGACCCUAUCCAGGCCAUCCCGAAGCUACAAAGGGGCCGUGACGGAGCACAAGAUACUGGUGAAUACCACCACGUGGCUAUGAAACAUGACUGGACGCAAGUGAACCAGGAGUUUCCACGGCCUACAUGGGAUUCGCCUAUCGCCAUUCCCUCACCUGGUUCUGAUCCAGCUUCUGGAAUACUGCCAAAGCCUGUUACAAGUCAGCCGGCGCCUAGUUCUGGCCCGGGCCUUGACGGCAACGCUCCAAUUAUCCCAGCAGUUCCAUAUCCUGACGCACAACCUGCCAAUACCACAGAACCUAUCCCUCUAUAUGCGCGACCUUUGCGUAACUGCGAACCUACUUGUCCACUGGACGCUCUGCUUCUUGACUUUCGCAGCGAACGUCAGCAGCGCGCCGCUGAGGGCUACGAGCAAAACGAAGUAACCGGUCCCCGGUAUCCAUCUGUUUCUUCUCUGCUCAACCCGGCGAAUAGCCAAUACAGCCACCCAGUAUCCAAGGUCUUCACAGAUAUCCUAACCAAAUUCCCCGAAAUCUCCGGCCUGCCAGAAAAGGUGACCAUUCUAUACCUCAUGUUCAUUUACAUGCGAUGGCAGAUAUCGCCAACAAAGGAGAAUAUGGAACGCUUACCGGAGUGGAUCCGCCCACUGCCAUGCCAGCUCGACAUACCGCACCCGGCAUGGAUGGACUACCUGCCAUACCCCGAGAUGAGAGAGAGGGUCAUUCUGGCUAACGACCCCUCGAUUUUCUACUUUGACAAUUGGUUUCUUCCGUUUACAUCCACCUUCUCCAUUUCUUGGCCUUACGAGGAGGCGCAUACUUUGCUGAGGAAUCCGGAUUCUGAUGAGAUUAUGAUUAAUCCCGUGUUUGAGAGCCAUAUGCGCAACUUGGAUAAUUGGAAGGUGGGGAGAGCGUUUGCUGAGGCGUUCCCCAUGCUGGUCGAUACGUGCAAGUUUUGGGACGGCACGAAUCAGCAGCAAGGCCCUAAAUAAUUUUCUUUUAUUCAUCAAGGGAAUCAGGGAAGGCAGGAGAAAAUAAGGAAGAUAGAGGCGGAAGGAUAUCAACCAGGAAUUUUUGCUACGUAUAUCCGGCUUGUUUGGGUUAGAGACUUGGGUGGAUCACUUGUGAGGAUGACUAUUGUGGCAUUGGCGCAUCAUACAUACGGAGUACUCAUACAUGCUAUAUACGACUCACAUGCAUUGUAGCAUACUUAAUGUAACUGUUUAUUAAUACCUCAUUAUAUCAUAUCAUACAAUCAUGAUU